AUGGUGUGUACUCUUGGCGUGACUGUAGUCUCCCCUCUUUACGCCACAGUCUGCUCUCCACACACGCGCUACGCUGCUGUCAGUGCGCGUCUCCAAAUGGAUCUAAAAUCAGAGCUUCUCAAAUCCAUCUGGUACGCCUUUACGUCGCUGGACGUUGAGAAGUGUGGAAAAGUGUCAAAGUCACAACUUAAGGUCCUUUCUCACAACCUGUACACAGUCCUGAACAUCCCCCAUGACCCUGUGACCCUGGAGGAACACUUUCAGGACGACGAUGAUGGACCCGUGUCUAAUCAUGGCUAUAUGCCCUAUCUCAACAAAUAUAUCCUAGACAAGGUCAUAGAGGGAAACUUUGAUAAAGAAAAGUUUGAUGACCUCUGCUGGAUGAUGACAAUGAAAAAGAACUUGAGAGGUGUUUUUGAUGGUGCACUUCUAUCCCAGAAAGACUGCUUCAAGCUUUUCUGUUUAUUCAAUCUAUUAUCAGAGGAUCGGUACCCACUUGUCAUGAUCCCUGAUGAGAUAGAAUAUCUAUUGAAGAAGAUUUCCACUGGAAUGAAUCAGGAGUGGGAUGGGAAGUUCUUGGAAGAUUUGUUGUGCGAGGACAUGACUGUGCUGGAUGAGGGCAUGUCGGUGUGGGCCUUCCUGGAGCACAUGAGCGCAGGGCGACUGCUCAAAGUGACCAGUGUGGAGGCCUUUAGUCUGGCUUUGCAUGAGGUGUUUUUGGAAAUGUACCACAAUGUCCUUAAGCGGGGUUACAUGUGGAAAAAGGGACACGUUCGAAGGAACUGGACUGAGCGUUGGUUUGUGCUGCAGCCUUCUUCCAUGGCAUAUUUUGUCAGCGAGGACUUGAAAGAUAAAAGAGGCGAAAUUCUUCUAGACAAGAGCUGUUUAGUUGAGAGCAUUGCAGACAAAGAGGGAAAACGCUGCUUGUUUUGUGUUAAAACCCGCAAUAAAACAUAUGAGAUGAGCGCAUCUGACCAGAAACAGAAAGUUGAAUGGACUCAAGCUGUACAGACUGCUCUGCGCCUCCAGAGUGAGAGGAAGGCCUCUCUUCACUAUGAACUGAAGCUGAAGAGGAGAAUACAGAGAGAACACAGCCAAAGAGAGCGGAGCCGCAGCAGCCGCAGCAGCUGCAGUAGCAGAAGCAGCCAGUCAGACGACUCCAAUAUACAAGACAUUGAAAAGAUAGAAAAAGACAGACAUGAAAUGGAAAUAGAGAGCAUCAUAAAGCAUGCCCGUGAAUUGGAAACCAGACGAAGAGAAGCUGAGGAAAAAGAGAAAAAGAAACAGAGAGAGGUGCAGAUGGAGUUGGAGAGACAAUUGAAGGAAGCAGAGAUGCUCAGAGAUAGCCUGCAGGCGGAGAUGCAGGAAAAAGAAAAGGAGGCUGAGCAACAGAAUAAAAGGAUCCUAGAGUUGGAGAUAAUACAGCAGCAACUGGAGGGAGCCCUCAACAUGGAAAUCCAGGCACGGCUGGAGGAAGAGGGAGCCAGACAAGACCUCCAGAAGCUGUUGCUGGAAGAGGAAGAAAAAAGAAAGCAGUUUAACCUCCUUCACCAAAGGGCCUUGAAAAGUCUCAGCCCCAUACAGGAGGACGUGGAAAACAUGAUGGAGCAGGUUACGCCUUCAGUCCUUCACUCUGCCUCUAAAGAAUUACAGGAUAUUCAGGAGAGUCGCCAAAGAAGCCAUCAGCACCUUGAGGAAGUACAAGAGAAGCUUAGGAAUGCAAGUCAUCAUGUACGGCAUUGGAACGUACAACUUAAUCGUCUCAUGACCCCAAUCACACCCGGAGGACGUUUGGAGCACCGACCUCCCUCAAAGCUUCUGUGUCCAAAAAAGGAGGGAGCUUUAGCCAGCAAUGAAUUUAUCAGCAAAUUUAAAAUUCAAGGCCAAAUCAUUGACUCAGAAAGUCUGGAGAAAAAGAUGAGUGCUGCUAACUUGUCUGAUAGCCUUGAAACAUGA